CGCCAUCCCGGAACCGGAGCCGGACUCCGACAGUAACUCCGAGCGCAAGGACAGCGAGCGAGGUGAUGGGAUGUCGGAGUCGUCCUUCUCGUUCCUGGGCACUCUGGCGAGCAGCAGCAGCGAGGAGAUCGAGUCUCAGCUGCAGGACCGCGUGGAGUCAUCCCGGCGCGCCGUGGCCCGCAUAGUGCAGGUGUACGACCGUCUGCACACUCGGCUGGACCAGGUGUCCGCCAAACUCAACAGCAAUGAUCCGGCACAGAUGGAAGAAGCUGUCAAGGAGCUGAACUCCAUGCUGAGCAACGAGAACCUGAGGCUGCAGGAAGUGUGCAAGAGACUGCAGGAGAAGCAGCAGAACCUGACCCAGGAGUUCAGUCAGCUGCAGACACGUCUGGAGGGCGCGGAGUCCCGGGUCUCUGUUCUGGAUGGACUCAUCGAGGAUCUGCAGUGGGACAUCGAUAAGGUCCGGAAAAGAGAGCAGCGUCUGAACAGACACCUGUCUGAGGUCCUGGAGAGGGUCAACUCCAAGGGUUACAAGGUGUACGGAGCCGGGAGCAGCUUGUAUGGAGGGACCAUCACCAUCAAUUCUAAGAAGUUUGAGGAGAUGACGUCCGAGGUCGAUAUGAAUAAGGAGCUCGCGGUGAACCGGCUGCAGGAACUGGACAAACUGAGGCAGGAUCUGACGGAGGUGACGGCCGAGAACCAGGAGCUGCAGGCCUUGCUGGCGAACGCGGUGGAGGAGAACGUGCGGGUGUCCCCCGAGUACCGCUGCAUGCAGUCCCAGUUCUCCGUCCUGUACAACGAAUCUCUGCAGCUGAAGGCCCAGCUGGACGAGGCCCGAUCCCUCCUGCACGGGACGCGCGGCAACCACCAGCGCCAGCUCGAGCUCAUAGAGAGGGACGAGGUGUCUCUACAGAAGAAGGUGCGCACGGAGGUGAUUCAGCUGGAGGACACGCUCGCCCAAGUAAGGAAGGAGUAUGAGAUGCUGAGGAUUGAGUUUGAGCAGACGCUGGCGGCCAACGAGCAGGCUGGUCCUAUAAAUCGUGAGAUGCGCCAUUUGAUAAGCAGCCUCCAGAACCACAACCAUCAGCUGAAGGGCGAAGUGCUGCGCUACAAGAGACGUCUGCGGGAAAUCCAAGGAGACAUCAGCAAGAUGCGUUCGCGCACUUGUAGUGGUCUCUUCCUGCUGCCCUCACAGUCCAGCGUGGAGGAGCCCAAAGAGGAAGCCCUGGAAAUAAAGAUCGAGCCGGAGGAGAGCGCCCCUCCCACCCCCACCUCCUCCCAGCCCGAGCCCGUCCUGAAGCGUGAGGAGGAGGAGGUGCAGGCGCAGCCGCAGCAGAGAGACCGGCGAGAGCGGGAGAAGGACCGAGAGCGAGACCGCGGGAGGGAGAAGGAGAGAGGAGACAGCUCCAAGGACAAGUCCAAACACGAGCCCGACACCAAACGCAAGGACGCCGAGAGCGUCAAACAGAUGAAGGCCGAUCUGAAACGGGUCCAGGAGUCUCUACGAGACAUGAAGCUGCUCCUGGACAUGUAUCGCUCGGCACCCAAAGAGCAAAGGGACAAGGUGCAGCUGAUGGCGGCCGAGAGGAAGAGCAAAGCGGAGUUGGAAGAACUCCGCCAGCGGGCCCGGGAACUAGAGGAGAGAGAGCGCAGAGACAGCAAGAAGAUGGCCGACGAGGACGCACUACGCCGGAUGAGAGCGGCAGAGGAACAGACAGAGGCUCUGCAGAAGAGACUGUCCACGGCCAAACAAGAGGAGGAGGCGCUGCUGUCGGAGAUGGAUGUCACGGGGCAGGCGUUCGAGGACAUGCAGGAGCAGAACAUCCGCCUGAUGCAGCAGCUGAGGGAGAAGGACGACGCCAACUUCAAGCUCAUGUCCGAAAGGAUCAAAUCCAACCAGAUCCAUAAACUACUGAAGGAGGAGAAGGAGGAGCUGGCGGAUCAGCUGCUCACCCUGCGCACCCAGGUGGACGCCCAGCUGCAGGUUCUGCGAAAGUUGGAGGAGAAGGAACAUCUACUACAAAGCAGCAUCACCACCGGGGAGAAGGAGCUGACCCUGCGCACACAGGCCCUGGAUCUCAGCAAACGCAAGGCAACAGAGGCCUCACAGCAAGCAGAGGAGCUGCGGGUCCAGCUGGAGCUGUCACAGAAAAAGUUGCAGGACCUGCGGGUGGAGAUUAUAGAAAACAGUGCGAGCCGGGAAAAGGAUGCGUUCAACUACAAGAGAGCGCAGGAGGACAUCUCCCGCCUUAGGAAGAAACUGGAAACCACUAAGAAGCCGGAUCAAGUGCCGCCCUGUGAUAAGAUCUUAAUGGAGGAGAUCAAAGAGUGCAAGACGCGCCUCACAUGUCCGUGCUGCAACUCCCGCAAGAUGGACGCCGUGCUGACCAAGUGUUUCCACGUCUUCUGCUUUGAGUGCGUAAAGACGAGAUACGACACGCGGCAGCGCAAGUGCCCGAAAUGCAACGCCGCGUUCGGAGCCAAUGAUUUCCAUCGUAUUUACAUCGGCUGAGGGGCGGGGCCUGUGCUCAGCAUCUAUGGACUCUACAUUGCUCGCCUGUCUACACGCACACCGCCCGGUACACCGCCCCCCGUCUCCCCGUACACCGCCCCGUCUCCUCAUACUGUCUCCACAUAUAGAUGGAACCUUCUCUGGACUGCGCCCCCUGGUGGUGACUGGCCGUAGUGAUGACACCCCAUUGUUUUUUUACCAUAAAUGACUCUUGUUCUGCCAACGGGAGAUAAAGAUAUUUAUUGUUCUAGAAUCUUCCUGAUUUCUACAGAUCACGUGACCUCUAUCGGCGUCUGCGGGCGAUGACGGUGAAUCCGAGGCCGACCAAAACUAAAAGACCAUUGAAUGGACAUACGGACAUUGUUUACUAGAAACAGCGCCCCUCCUGUCCAAAGGCUCUAUGGAGUAUUGCAGCUCCGCCUUUAAAGGGGUACUCCACUGACCAAUGUUCGGUGUGACGCCCCCUCCCAUAGACUUGCAUAGAGGGGGCGUGGCAUAACAUCCAAGGGGGCGUGGCCGACCCCUGCAGCAGGCACUCAGCGUUCGGAACUAAAUAUGCCGAUCACUGGCCAGUGGAGUACCCCUUUAAUGACUUGCCUGGAACAUAGCUGUAAUUCCAGACCCUGCCUGUAGACAAUAGUGGCGCUGUUUUUGGAAGAGAUCAGUUCACACCAUGUCUAGGCCGUACAACAGAGAUAUACGUUCUAUACCUGCUCUGUGCCGCCGUAUAGUGUGAACACAGCCUGACUAGCGCCUCUUCUGGUGGCCGGUGGUGGUUGCAGGGACCUAAAUAACCUUUUAAAAUAGUAAAAAAAUGUAAAUUAUUGUCACAAGAUGGCGGUAUUACCUAUGAUACACGUAGGCGCCGCCCAUUGUUUACAUGAAUUCUAGCGUUCCGGAGUGACGGUUCGGUGUUACCGGGUUGGUGUAUGAGAUGGCGGACUACACCAGCGAGACAGCCGAUCUCCGUCACCAUGGCACUUCCUUUCUGACGCCAUCUUUGCCUUUUGGCGCGGCGGAUGUUUUCGGGCGAUCGUUUCACCCCUUUUAUGUCUCGCUUGUGAUUUUCUUGCUUUAGGGUUUGUUCACACUGCGGAAUUCCGGGAGUAGAAUUCCGCGUUCCCAUCAGUGCGAACGGGUCUUACGCGAGAUCCGUUCGUACUGCGGAAUUUCAGCGGUGGACAGUUCUGUGCAGAACAUGUUCAUUCUUUGCGCGGAAUUCCGCGAGUACUGCAUAGCGGUCAAUGGUGACGAAGUAUCUUCGGCGGCCGCCGCCUGACGGAAUCUCCGCAGUGCGAACGUAUCCUUAGUUGUGGAUCUUGUGAGAGCGUAACAUGUGACUAGAGGAUCGGACCACUGCGGUAAUAUUGCAGGGGGGAGUUGGGGGCUCGUCCGGGAUGACUCCGCCU